CCUGGCCAUGCUGUACAGAUACUGCUGGAAACUCAACAAGAAGCUGAAGUCUUUCACAAUGUCUAGAAAGAGCCUGGUUCACUACACCAGCUACGACCAGAAGAAGAGAGCCAAUGCUGCUGUUCUGAUUGGUGCCUAUGCUGUGAUGUAUCUGAAGAGAAGCCCAGAAGAUGCCUACAGGACUCUGAUAGUAGGAAACAGCACAGGCUACAUGCCGUUUAGAGACGCAGCGGUUGGAGAGUGCUCUUUUAACCUCACCGUGCUAAACUGCUUACAAGGAAUCAACAAGGCAUUACAACAUGGUUUCCUGGAUUUUGAAAUGUUCAGUGCAGAAGAAUAUGAACAUUAUGAGCGAGUUGAAAAUGGAGAUAUGAACUGGAUCGUUCCGGGCAAAGUUCUGGCGUUCAGUAGCCCUCAUUCUCGUGGUUAUCCCCUCCACACACCCGAGGCAUACUUCUCAUACUUUUGCCAAAAUGACAUAACGACCGUGGUUCGUCUGAACAGGACGUUGUAUGAUGGCAGGCGGUUUGAGGAUGCAGGAUUUGAGCACCACGACCUCUUCUUCCUUGAUGGGACCACGCCCUCUGACCUCAUCGUCAGACGCUUUCUGCAUGUGUGUGAAAGUACAGACGGGGCAGUGGCGGUGCACUGUAAAGCUGGAUUAGGCCGCACGGGCACUCUGAUUGGCUGCUACCUGAUGAAGCACUUCCGGUUUACUGCAGCCGAGGCGAUUGCUUGGAUCAGAGUCUGCAGACCUGGAUCUAUCAUCGGUCCACAGCAAAACUUCUUAGAAGAGAAGCAGCACAGUUUGUGGGUUCAGGGUGACGUGCAUCGGUCUAAACAGAAGCUGGUCCAACAGAGACUGAGUCGGCAGCAGCAGCUGCAGCAGCAGCUGCAGCUGCACCGCUCUGACUCUGUGCAGGGAGGCAAACAGGAGGCAGUGUCCUCGCUGCUUUCCAGCAUGGAUGACCUGUCAAUCAACACCGUGCUCUGCAAGUCAUAUAGCUUGGAUGAGAAUAACUGCAAAGAAGUCAGUCUGACACAGGGAGACGAACUGAGAGCACUGAAGGGAAAACGCCCACCGAGAUCAGCGUCAUCCUGCUCAAGGUUAAACCUGUCCAAGACUUCACACCGCUCCAUCCUCCCUCCCCCGAAGCCCUCCAAAGUCCACCUCACCCCUUCUUCUACUAAGACGCUGAGACGAAGUUCCUCUACCACCACUGCUCCGCAGAUCAGGAGUCCCUUCAGCCUCACGUUGUUCAGCACCAGGCCAGCACUGAUUCACUGACUUCACACUUGGGACGUUCUGGUCAUGAAUCAGCCCAGCUGAUGAUGGACUCGCUGGAGACUGCAUCAGCUCUCUUGCACGUUUAACCCUAGAACACUAUCGCUAUAAAUAGUAACACAAUCGCUAAUGCCGGGUGAUUUUUACCCGAUAUAAUAUAACCAAUAAAAAGUAAUCAAAUAUAUCAAAAUAUGACAACACAUGACAAAUUAGAGUGGUC